AUGCCAACGUACGUUACGUCUGAGAAGCUUGUUGAGGCAUGGGAGAGCUCCCCACUCCUUGCGGCCAAGACCGCAAUUGUAAUGGGGUCCCCUGUCGAAGCCUGCAACAAGCAAGAGUUCGGACCGCCAAACAUCUCACUUGACGGCGUUGCUUCCGUACCAGAGUCGGAGAGCGACGUGCAACCCGUCCAACAACAACAGCAGCAGCAGCAACAGAAGCCGAAGGAAAAAGACAACACUUCCACCAUCUCCACAAUGGUGGCGUUGGUGGUGUACGCGUCAUUCGCUUCCCUCUUCUUGCUGGCCCAUGUGCGCGAAGUGUUCCGCAAGAUGCUCCCACGAAAGACCCAACGCGAAGGUUACGCGCCUCUUUUAAAGGACUUUGACGAUUUUUUUCAGCGCCGUUUUUACAUCCGUAUUCGUGACUGCUUCAACCACCCCAUCGACUCUCGCCCCUCACGCGUCAUUGGUGUCAUGGAACGCGUCUCACACGACUUCAACCGCACCUUUUCCCUCACCGGUAAUAUAGUUCCAUGCGUGAACCUCUCCUCGUACAACUAUCUCGGCUUUGCGGAGGACACCCCGAGCAUCACGCACCAAGUACUCGACAGCAUUGACCGCUAUGGGAUUGCUUCUUGCAGUGCGCCCUGGGAGGCGGGUCAGCACAGCCCCGUUGCGCAGCUUGAACACGCCGUUGCAGAUUUCCUCGGAAAGGAUGACGCCAUUGUGUGCGGCAUGGGCUUUGGCACGAACUUCCGCGGGCUGCCAGCACUAUUUGGUAGCGACUCGCUUGUCAUCUCCGACAGUCUGAACCACUCUUCACUGGUGAACGGUGUGCGCAUGUCUGGAGCGCGUGUGAAAGUCUUCAAGCACGACAACUUUGGCCAGCUGGAGACGGUGCUGCGCGAGGCUGUCGUCCUCGGACGUAACCCGACGGGUGCCUACGUGCCGUGGACGCGCAUCAUUAUCGUUGUGGAGGGUGUGUACAGCAUGGAGGGCGAGAUCGUCGACCUUGCGCGUGUUGUGGAGCUCAAGAAGAAGUACGGUGCACUGCUUUUCGUGGACGAGGCGCACUCCAUCGGUGCGAUUGGCCGCACUGGACGUGGUGUGACGGAGCACUGCGGCGUCGACCCGAAGGACGUCGAAAUCCUCAUGGGUACUUUUACCAAGAGCUUUGGCUCCAUUGGCGGAUACUUGGCGGGCCAGCAGAGCAUCAUCGAUUACCUCCGCACGCACAGCUCCAUCGCCCUGCACUGUGACACACUCGCCCCGCCCUGUGCACAGCAAGUGCUCGCUGCUCUCGAUGUGAUUCGGGGCCGCGACGGCACUGACCUCGGUAGUAAACGCAUUCAGCAACUAAAGGAGAACUCCCGUUUCCUGCGUCAGGGUCUUAUUGCCCGCGGCUUCACUGUGCUGGGUGAUGAUGCCUCGCCAGUUGUACCUGUGAUGCUGUACCACACCGGCAAGUUACUCGCCGUCUCGAAGGAAUGCAUGCGCCGCGGCCUUGCCGUCGUCGUUGUUGGCUACCCCGCGACACCACUGCUGGAGGGGCGUGUGCGUUUCUGCAUCUCAGCUGCGCACACCCGUGAGGAUCUACAGCUCGCACUUGACGUGAUGGAGGAGGUGGGGAAGCUGGCCUACAUCCAGUACAAGCCCAGAAUGACACUACAGCAAUAG